CCAUCAAAACGUAGACAAAAAGAAAAAUAAAAAAUCUUUGAGAACAUCGGAUCAAGUGUAAAACAGAAGAUUAUUUAAAUUUUUUUAUUCGGACAAAAGUAUUUGAGAAAAAAAGAAGCAAGCAACCUCUUGCAAGAAAAGAAUUCACAACAAUAAUAAGAAAAAAAUCACGAAGUUUCUACGAAAACGACUUAAAAAUUAUAAAAAUAAUACAAGUGCAAACGAAAUUACAUAAAAUUUAAUGCAAAAUACAAGUGAAAAAGCUAAAAAUUAUUAAAUUUAUUAUAGAUAAUAAGCUAGCUAUUCUAAAACAUAAAAACAAAAGCAAAUCCUUAAAAACGGGUUGAAUAAAUUGCAACAAAUAAAAAACAACAAAAUGAAUACUUUCGUCAAAAACUACCGGAAAAGUGGUAUUACCACACACAUGGUUCUGCCCUCAAAGAAAUAUUCCUCAGCACAUUAUCGUUCACAUUUUGCGCUAAAAUAUCGCCUUGAUCCACAUGGACCACACAGCUAUGUCAGUCGACAUACACUACUAUCACAUCAUCAAUAUCUACCGGCUGUUACAGUGGCAGUCCGUCAUGAUUAUCACACUUUACAGCAAAAUCAACGUCACCUAACAUCGGUGCCUUUACCCUACAGUUAUCACAGUAGUCGGUAUUUCCGUUUGGGUCAAGGCCUUUACGAACAACCUUCCUCCAAAGUUGAGGUAACCGUGCAAAAUAUGAAAAAUAAACAAAAGGAAAAAGUCGAAGAAAUACUUAAAGAAGCCACUGCUGCAACAGCAGCUGCAAGUGACAAUAAAGUGGUGGAGGCCACCCAAAAACCGGUUGCCAUUAAGAAACCUUUAAAGACCCGCAUUUGGGAGGAGAUUGUACAUUAUUAUCAUGGUUUCCGGUUGCUAUUUAUCGAUAUCAACAUUUGCCGCAAGUUGCUGUGGCGUGUGCUGAAUGGCAAAACUUUGACCAGAAGAGAAAAUAAGCUUUUGGUGCGCACCACUUCUGAUGUGUUCCGUUUGAUACCAUUCUCGGUAUUUAUUAUAGUUCCUUUUAUGGAAUUGGCUCUGCCUUUGUUUAUAAAAUUUUUCCCCGGCAUGUUGCCAUCCACAUUCCAAACUAGCAAGGAAAGGGAGGAUAAACUAAAACAGGCUUUGCAAGUGCGUUUGGAAAUGGCCAAAUUCUUGCAAAAGACCUUGGAUGAAAUGACUGUUCAGCAUAAGGAGCACAAGAGUGAGGAAGCCAAACAGUUUGAAUUAUUCUUUCAAAAGAUCAAGGAUCCCAAUGAGCAGGUAUCCAAUGAUGACAUUAUAAAGUUUGCCAAACGCUUUGAAGAUGAAAUCACUUUGGAUUCUCUCAGCGGCGAACAACUGUCGGCCUUGUGUAGGGUUCUAGAGUUGAAUACAGUGGGUACCUCGAAUCUACUAAGAUUCCAAUUGCGUUUGAAAUUACGUUCAUUAGCCGCAGAUGAUCGUGUCAUAGAACGUGAGGGUGUUAAUUCUCUGGAUUUAUGGGAAUUACAGCAGGCCUGCAAGGCUCGUGGCAUGCGUGCCUAUGGCCUGACUAAGGAGCGUAUGCAAAAACAAUUACAAGAAUGGAUCGACUUAUCGCUAAAUGAAAAAGUACCUCCCACUUUGCUUUUGCUCUCGAGAGCAAUAUCGAUUUCGGAUGAUUCCAUUACCACCGAUAAGCUUAAGGAAACCCUUAGAGUAUUACCCGAUUCGUUGGCCAAUCAAACUAAGGCCGCCAUUGGUGAACGUGAAGGCAAAAUCGAUAACAAAGUCAAAUUGGAAAUUAUCAAAGAGGAAGUGCGCAAAAUCCAAGAAGAACGCGAAGAGGAAAGGCAAGAAGCCAAGGCUAAGGCUCAAAAGGAGGAUAUGCUCGAUAAGGCUAAACUCAUUGAAGAUGUCAGCGCUGAGCUUAUAGAUCGCGCCAAGGAUGUUACCGAUCAAGUACCACCAUUGGAAAGAGUGAAACCUAUUGUCUCAACCGUGCUCACUGAAGCACAAACCGCUAAGGAGGCUGAAACCGCCAAGGCUAAGGAUGAAGAAGAGAAAUCUAUUUCCUCCAAGGAUGUAGAACUCUUAUCGGAAGCCUUGAAAACUCUCUCCACCGAUAAGAAAAUGGUGGUCGAAAAGGAAACCAUUAAAGAUCUCAAAACUGAACUGGAAGAAUACAAAGAAGAUGUUGAAGAACUACGUGAAGUGCGUCAAGUUGUACAGGAGCCCGUCCAUGAAAGUCGUGCAGCCAAAAUGCUAUUCAAAAAGGUUAAUAGUAUGAUUGGUCAAUUGGACAAGGUGCUAACGGAUUUGGAGGAAAAACAACACAAGGUCAAGGCUCAGGAUCUGAUUGGGGAAGAGCUGACCAAGGAGCAAGAGGAAGCCAAACGUCGUCAACAGGAUAUUGUGCAAAUCGAUGAAUUGGUGCAGACUAUUAAGAAGUUGAAACAAACCUCAGACGAGUCAAGACUUAAACAAAUUGAAAAUGUUUUAAGUAAAUUGGAUGCUGACAAAGAUGGUGCCAUAUCUGUGGAUGAAGUGCUUAAGGUCGUCGAAGCCAUUGGCCGUGAAAAUGUAAAACUUAAUGAAAAACAAUUGGAAGAAUUGAUUAUUCUCUUGGAGAAAGAAGAAAUCAUAGAGGCAGAAGAGAAAAUUGAAACUAUUGCCAAAAGUAUAAAAGAAGCUGAAGGAGCUAAAAAAGUAGCAGAACAAAUGCAAGCUAAUGAGAACAGUACUAAGCAACAGAAAACAGCGAGUACCAUCUACACAGAAGAUCUUAAAGAUUGUGCUAAAGUUAUAAAAGAAAAUGCACUCAAUCUAGAUGAGAUCGAUAAGAAAAAUGUGCUAAAAACAGAGGCGGCGGCCAACACCAAACAGGAAAGUGUACUCUUAGAGGCAGCUGAGAAACAAAAGGAUAAAAUUUUACCUAAAACUGAUAUCAUGCCAUCAACAACACCACCACCAAAUACAUUACCACCUAACACCAAAACAAAUCAAGUCAAUACUAAAGAUAAAAUGAUAUGACUUGAUAAAACAGAUGUUUCCCCCUCUUCUUCCUCUUCUACUACUUCUACUAAGCUUAAGAAUAAACCUAAUGAAUAAAUCCUUUUGUUUGAUAUAUAAUGACAAUAAUUGAAAUUUCCUAAAAGUUUUGAAAAAGAAAUUGUCUGUAAACAAGGUUAAAGAUACAAAUGGACUUUACCCCAACCAACAAGUUUCCCAGUCUGCUCUUCUAUAACAGGUCUUAGCUUUUCGGCGAUUUAUUUAGAACUAAAACAAACCGCGUGUUAUAUUUCAACAGUUAGUUUUUAAACUGUUUCCUUUUUGUCAUGUCAUUGUGUUAAGUUUAUAUACAUAUAUUUUUUCUAGCUAUUUCCUUUUUAAUUUUUUAUAAUAAAUAAAAAAACUUCUUAAUUGUACCUUUAAAAAUAAUUUUAUAUAAAAACGAAAAGAUUAAAAUUUCUUUUCUAAAGAUAAUUUCUAAUAAAUCAAUUUUAAAAUGA